GUUACUGGUCGGGAUAUCGCUGCUCGUCGCCGCUUCCUGGGCGAUGCGUCUCGACCCCGACGGAAAAGUCCACUACGACGGACACACAGUGUUUCGACUUUACCCACGUAGCACGACGCAGUUGGAGUUCCUGUACUCCCUGGAGGACAACGACACGGCGGGGUACGACUUCUGGAUCGAGCCCUCUUACGUGGACCGCUUCGUAGACGUCAGUGUCGCCCCUGAGGAGAAGAGGCAUUUUGUCCAAGAACUACAGGAGAGAAACAUCUCUAGCGAAGUGCUCAUCGAGGACGUACAAGCCGAGAUCCACAACUCUACAACAGGAUUCAACGACACCCCCGAUCUAAGGUACUCGCGAAGCUUCUUCAACGACUAUCAGCGACUAAGUACGAUUCACAACUAUCUAGAGGGACUUACUAUAAGAAGGAAGGAACUGGCUACUGUUGUCAACAUUGGCAAGUCAUUUGAAGGCAAGGAACUUCGAGUACUGAAGCUUUCUACUGGCUCAGCUAAAAUGUCCGUGUGGUUAGAUGGCGGUAUGCACGCUAGAGAAUGGAUUUCACCUGCCACUGUCACGUAUAUCCUCGAGGAGCUGGUCGGAGGCUACGGCAACGAUAAUGACACUACUAAGAUACUAGACACGUUCGACAUCUACGGCCUGCCAGUCGCCAAUCCGGACGGCUACGAGCACACACACAAAUAUAACCGCUUGUGGAGGAAGACCCGGUCUACAACGUCCAGUUACUUUUGCCGUGGUGCAGACCCAAAUCGAAAUUUUGGCUAUCAGUGGUACACUGGCGGCUCAAGCAAUCGCCCAUGUUCGGAGAUCUACGCUGGUAGUAAAGCGUUCUCAGAGCCAGAGACAAAGGCAAUCUCCAACUUCAUCUACGCCAGAAGGAAAGAGAUGCUGGCCUACGUUACGUUCCACUCCUAUUCCCAACUAUGGCUUACGCCGUGGGGAUUUACGCCCACUUUGCCAAAGACCUACAGAGAACUUGAGCGAGUAGCAAGAAUCGCAACGGAAGCCCUGAAGCAAGUGCAUGGGACGCAAUAUACCGUGGGAACGUCAACGAACCUACUGUAUGUGGCAUCCGGCGGUUCUGACGACUGGGCACACGGCGAGGCACACAUCCCAUUUUCGUACACCGUCGAACUACGUGACAAAGGAAGAUAUGGCUUCAUGCUACCGAGGGAACAAAUUAUUCCAACGGGAGAGGAAACGUGGGCUGGCAUCAAGGCCAUGCUCCUCGAACUGGUCAACAAAGUCUAAACCACCGGACAUUCAGCUCUUUACAUACAUGUGAUGACAUGCGCGGUUUAAUUUAUUUAUUUACAUAAACGGAACUGAGCCAGGA